UUUCAACAAAUUAAAAUUCGAAUUAGAAAUGUGGAUGUUAUAUUCCACAAAAACUGAUUGGAAAAAAAUUACCGCAAAUUAAAAAAAAGAAUUAAAUAGAAAAAGUGUUGAUUUGAAUAAAAUAGAACGCUGAAUUGUGAAUCUUAUCAUAUCUUGCACAGCACAUAAUGUUAACGAAAAAAAAUUUUGCAAUAUAAUCGUGCUUUAUAUUAUUAAUAACUACAUAACAAGAAAUGAAUAAAAGAUAUUAGUGAAAUAAGAUUGUUGGACUGUGAAUAAAAAUGCUGGUUUUUAUAAUAUAAUGACUAUGUUUGAAAAAACUACGGAACCUGCCGAUAAAAACAAGUUGAAAUAUGCAACCAUGAAGGACAAAUUCUUCGGACUAGUUAAGCAAUAAUGCGUUGUAUAAAGUUUAAUAAAAAAAACCAGCCAUUAACAACAUCAUCAUUACCAAUACCAAAAACAACAGAAACUACUCUCCCGGAAGUAUUGUGAUUUGCAGAAAACGAUUUCAACGUCCAACUGCGUAGCCGAGAAGCUUUUAUUUAUCUACAUAUAGUCUAAUGACUGUGAGGGCUGGCAGGCGUUUAUUAUAAUGAUUGCUUCCGUUUUUUGCUACAAUUGCUGUUGGCAGCCGUUUUUUUUUUUCAUAAUUGAAUUUGUGAAUUAUUGAUUUUCAGCCUCGAAAGCUGGAGAGAUGGAAAUUAAAAAGAAAAACUUUCAACACGAAAUACUCGCCAUCACUGCAAAGUAUUUUUUCAACCCACCUACCUUAUGGAUCUCUAGCAAAUAGUAAUAUGCUCACAUAUGUACAUACAUAUAUACAGAUGAGAACUCUCACAAUUUAGUAAAAAAGUGUGUUCCGAUUACAGCGAAAACGAACGAAACGAGCAUUUAAGAUGCCAUUUUUGAAACUUUCAUAAGACUUCACCGCAAACAAAUUACAUUACGUGUGGACCAUUGUUGCUCUUGACAGCGCGGACUUUGCAGUGAAGUCUGCCAAUGCUUACUUCGAUGUUUCGUGCAACAUCUGAAAAAUGGUCAAAGCGGUUUCAGCCCGAGCAACAGCAACCACGGCCGCUUUGUACGUAGCAAAACAGCAAUUGCAAUUACAGCAAGAACAACCGAACGGCAAAAAAUCUACGCAAAAUCAUCAAAAAGAACACGAGACUUUUUUCCGCGCUGAACCCGAACAAAUUUUAAAACAACGUGGACAACAGUUUACUCUAGACGCUGAGGAGGUGGAAGAGGAGGAGGAGGAGCCGUGUGCGAAACGUAUUGCUGUUGCAUCGCUCAGCAAAAUGGUAAUACCAUCCUUGGCAGCAACAGCAACCACCAGCACAUCAUCAGCGUCCGUAUCCUCUUCUGUCGCAUCAGCAACAACGACGAACCAUGUUAAUACGUAUGCUGCCGAUCAGCAACAAAUACAACAACAAAGGCAACAUCAAAAUGCUCUCUAUCACCAACAACACCCGCCCGCUAGCCUCAAUAGCCAACAGUCGGCGCCGCGGCAACAUCCGAAGAAGCGGAAAUUCGAUCCAGCCGAGCUGGACCGGCAACAGCAAACUUCACCACAACCACAGCACCACUGCGAUAGCGCAGCAGCAACGUCGUCGAUAUCCACAACAAACACAUUAUGGCAUGAUAGCAAGCCAAUUUCGACGAAUAAAAACAUUAAUGUUAAUGCCGAGAACAGUAACGGUAUCUUAACUUCGGCGAGCUUGAAGAACGGCAACGGGGCAGCCACAACAAGUGCAAUAUCAUCAGCAGCAACAGCAAAUAUUGUUGUUACAAGCUGCAAUAGCAAAGUUUCGUGGCCCGCUACAACAACAAGUGGUGCGAAUGAAGACGCGACACCGGCGGAUAUGCUCCAUACAGCGAUACGUUCGACUGUUCAACAACAACAACAACAACAACAGCACUCACCAGCAACAUCGAUGAUUGUGAGUCCGGUGACAACGGCGACACAUUCCACCAUAACAUUGCCGGCAGGAGUUGUAGUUGGCGCUGGCGUCAACGGUAACAGUGGAGCUACAGUUGUAACGGCGGUUGGACGAGGCGCCGCCUCCCUAGAAAGCCCCGAGAAACGCAUCAUCAUAACAAGCACACAGCCGUCAAGUAAUUACAAGCUGCAAAAUGUGUUGAGUGUGACUCACAGCACCGGCAGUAAUCGCACUCUGACUUCUACAAGCAAUACUGCGUUGCAACAACAACAACGCCACACCUAUCAGCAGCAUUUGCAACAACCACAGGCAGUGGUUACCACGCAGCAUCUGCAACAGCAGCAGCAGCCGCCGCUAGUUGCUAAUUUGGAUCUCAGCGAAUGGUCAAAUACGCGCGUAUUGGCCAAAUUAAAUAACUUCUAUGCAUCGGGUAUUAUACGACACACGACAUCGUACAACGGCAGCUGCAGUAGCGCAGAUGCCAAUGGCAGACCACCUUCAGCUGCUACACCAAAUUCAAUUACAGUCGAAUUCGAUCCGCCGGAAAAUUGCACACAACCCUAUACGGACGUUUUGGGCAAUGGGCGUUUCAAUGUGAUAUUGGACGCUAGUCCACCAUUAGCUGAUAUUAAUGUGGACACUCGAGUUUGUGUGCGCAGUCAGAUAGAAGGUCGUUCCGGUUACGUUUUUGUGGAGGGCACUGUUACGGCCAUCAAUCCAAACACAAAACAGUUCACCGUUCAAAUUCUCACGGAUUCGACACCAAUAUUCAAAACGGUUAAACGGGCAGAUUUGCGACUGCUGCUACCGCCAUGGUGGGACGAAUUGCGUGAGCUUUCACCUUUUCCACAGCAACACCACACUCAUGUUUUUGGCACUCAUAAGGCAGGCGGUGCACAUUCAGCGCUGCUCACGUCUCCACAUCAACAGCGCACUACCGGUGGCAGCGGUACUUCAGGGUCAGCGACACACAAAACCAGUGCCGGUCACCAUCAUCCACAGCUGAGUUACGUGGCUACACGUUAUGACAGCAAAGUUCCGGCACACCUUACGGUAGCGGGCUCACAACAGCUGCCCGCACACAUGACGUCAUAUAGUGCCGCACAGCAGCAUCUGCAGAAGCAAGAAGAGUAUUAUCGGACGACUGCCACCUCACCCUUCCAAACUGUAGGUGGUAGUGGGCAGUCAUUGCUUGUGAACGCCCACAAUGCGGGAGCGAUUGGCAAGAUAAACGGUAACGGCAACAUUGCCACGGCGUCGCUACCUGAAAUUGUUGUUUCGCAACAGCAAUUGCAGUUGGGUGGCGGCAGCAGCAGCAGCAACAGCCAUCAGCUCUCACAAUCGCCAUCAGAUGAUCUACAGCGGCGCCAGUCACGGCAAUACGAUGAAUUCGAAUCGGAUGACGAAUUAAAGGGUGUGCAAAUAGAUGGUUACACGCUUGGCGAUGGCGACCCCGAGAAGUUAUCGGCGGGCAGUAAGCGCAGCAGUGUACAGAGCCGCGGCAGCACAUCAAGCACCCCAAGAUCUCAAGGAACCACACCGCAUCGCUUCAAUAAGGGUGAUAUUGUUCAGUCAGAAUCCGGAGUGCGCAAAAAAUACAAUGGCAAACAAUGGCGUCGCCUAUGUGGUAUGUGCUCCAAGGAAUCUCAGCGUCGUGGUUUGUGCUCGCGCCAUCUUAAUCAGAAAGGCAAUGCUUUUCGGCCUAAUGGUGCUAAUCGAUUUCCUCGUGAUAUGAAUAGCCGUUCGAGCAGUAAAACGCAAGUGGAUGAAGACACUUCGCGCGACUCAGAAACGUCACCCAACUACCGUGCGGCAGGCCGCUCUGACCAGGAGGAAACUGAUGUGGCUAACAUUUUAGUGUCACUGAGCAGUUCACGUUCGGCCACGCCAAGCUAUUCUUCGCCUGUCAACCACGGUACCUCGCCGAUGAAUGUUACCAACUCGCCCGUGCCAGUCGUCUCCAAUCGCCAAAAUUUUUUCACUCCAAUAGGCGGUGGCCCCGUUGUGACAGCGGACGCGCAAACAACUAAGUGGAAGCCAGCAGCUAGCCCCGUACAGUAUGGUACAGUGGGCUAUUCACAAGUUAUACGCCCCGAAACGGUGCGUGCGCAAGGCAACGCUACCGCCCCACCGCCACAACAGUCGCCCGUCUCUAUGGUGAUACACAAUCAGAACAGUGCUAAUUUAGCAGCUGCGCAGCUGCACGGAAGCGCUGGCAAUAUACAUCAUUCCUCUCUGCACUCAGCGCAUCACCAGGUACCGCCACCACUAUCUCCAGCACAAUCUGCUGUCAUGCAGCAGCAGCAUCAUUUGCAGCAACCGCCACUCGCGCAUAGCCAUAUAUCCCUGUCGCCAGGCGGGCCACCUCCACCGCAACCGAUCGUUAGCAGCGCUGUGAUUGCACCACCUCGGCCACCUGCUUCUGUGGUUACAAGCGUUGGUCACGCCACCACCAGCGUUAUACGGAUCUCACCUGCUGCCGCCGCCGCCGCUGCCGCAAAUAAUGGUUCCACACAUAGUAGCACCGCAGCACCGACAUUGCCGCAAUCCUUUCAUCCUGUCAUAGUCGAUCCCACGCAGUUGGUGCCUUUGCUCUCGCCAGCGAGUGGCAAUUCAUCGUUGCAGACAGGACAACCCACAUUGGUUUCGAUCAGUAGCGGUUUGGGUGUGGGUGGGAGCAAUAGUUCGCUCUUAGCCACCGCACAUCAGCAUAAUUUACAACAACAGACGGCAGCGUCACCGAUUUCAAAUGAAAAGACGAUUCCAAAAAACGGAUUUCCGCCGGGGUCGAUAUAUCAAUGGCAAACGCUGUUGCCCACCAUCAGUCAGUCCCCCGUUAAACCGACCAAUUUUACAAUAGCCGGCAUCAUACCGCCAACGGCGGAAACACCACCUCCACAACAACAGCAACAGCAAACAACACAAGGAAUUAAUUUGAUAAAUCACCAUGGCGCCCACAACAAUCUCAGCAAUCAUAGUAUGAGCGUCGGUCAUAAAAUGACGGCCGACUUAGACUCACCCGAAAAACCGCUGAAUUUCUCAACAAGUGAUGCGGCGGCCGCCAAGAAUAAUACUUUUAAUAAAAAUAAUGGAGCAGGCACAUCUAGUAGUAGCGGGGGCAAAAGCAGCGUACCACAAGAAGAUAACGACGAUCAAUUAGAUGAUGAUGUAUUCGAACCAAUGGCACCAGCGCACCCCAAGCCGAAGCACGCACGAUUCGCCAUCAACAGCAGCAGUGAUAACUAUAGAUAUGGCAGUUCGUCAAAGAAUAAAUAUGGCAAUGAGGGUACGGGAGAGGCGAAGACGUCAUCAGCAUCGGGUAAUAGCGGUUCGGCGGCCAAGCGACGUUCCCAAUCGCUCAGCGCAUUACAACAACAACAACAACAACAGCAGCAGGCAAAAUCAACUGCCGGAGGAGGAAAUUGUGCCAUUGACAAGGAACCCUCCAGUCCAGAACCAGACAAAAUCCGACGCCCUAUGAACGCCUUUAUGAUUUUCUCUAAAAAACAUCGUAAACUAGUUCACAAAAAGCAUCCGAACCAAGACAAUCGCACUGUUAGCAAAAUUCUAGGUGAAUGGUGGUACGCUUUGAAACCGGAACAGAAAGCCAAAUAUCAUGAAUUGGCCAGUUCGGUAAAGGACGCCCAUUUCAAGAUGCAUCCACAUUGGAAAUGGUGUUCGAAAGACCGUCGUAAGUCCUCUAGUUCUGGCAAGGGGGAAACUUGUGGAGGGCCUUUGGACAGUAGUGACGGCAUCGACUUGCCAAUACAUAGUCCCGGUUCAGCAAGUGCUUCAAGCAACACCGCCAUCGAUUCUCAAACCGAUAUCAUACCACUUACAAUUGAGGAAACUCUGGGUCAAGUGAAAGAAGAAAAGACAAGUAUUAAAGCAGAGUUGGUGCAGCCAAACGAAACCCAACAGUCCGACGAUGAACACAUGCUGGUGGUAGAUGAAGCCACAAACAGUAAGCUGAGCAGCAAUAACUGCAAUUUAGGAUCUCAACAGCAGGAAUCUGCAUUGAAGCAAAUAGAUUUAAAGUGUCGUGAACGCGUUACCGAUUCCGAUGUUGAAGAUACUGCCUAUGAUUACAGAAAAACCGUAACAAAUGCAGUGAAGAGUGUACACAGUGAAAAUUCAGCUGAAAACGAAAAGGUUAAUAAUGACUAUACAAAAUUAAUAUUGCUCUCAAUGUCGAAGGAAGCUAGCAUAAAAAAUGAAAGCCAAAAUAAAUCGGAGGAAAUAUUAGCGCUCAGCACUUCUAGCAAUAACGCGCUUAACGUGAACACUGAGCGAGAUAUUACAUUGAAACCGAAACCCAUCAAGCCAUAUGCUUCCAGCAUUGAAAGUAGCAUUCUUAGUCCACAGCAGCUGCCGAAGUAUUCAUACAACAGUCCGAAGAACCCAAUCGGUGUAACACCAUUCCAACCAACAGGCGGUGCGUUCAAAACCAUGCCCAUAAGCCCGAAAAGCACAAAGAUAGACGAACAGCAGCUGCAACCACUGCAUAUAAAGCAGGAGGAUAUCAAGCAAGAGUUACCUUCGCCAUACAAAAUGAAUGGCGGCGGUGCAAAUGUAAAUAGCGUAUUCACUUUCAAUGUACCAAUGGGCGCAGCAGCGGGUCUGAAUCAAAAGACCCAACAGACAACAGGACACCCAUUACGCAGUCCUAAUACCAUGGAGGGUAGUAAAGAUGUGUUUAAUAAAAACCCAACAGCUACCCGCUCCACCAUUCUGUGCGACUCGAUGGUAAUGGAGGCGGUGAAAGACGUGCAGAUAAACGAGACCGAUGCGGAGACAUCAGCUGUUGAUGCAACUUCCAACAUUAAAACACCAGCGAUCACAAUUCAACAACCACCGACGAUGCUGGUGAUAACUGAUGCACAGCGUUAUGCCAGCAGUUCCACUGCUCAGUUAUUGCCGCAUAAAUUGAAGAAGUUGUCAGACGCUGGCAAUGGGCCAGCCACAUACACCUACGUAUUGGCCACUAAUAGCAACGCCGGCCCCAACAAAGCCAGUGGAACUGUCAAUCCAAACGCGUUAAAUAUUAAUUCGACCCCCUCCACACCUAUUACAGUCAAACAUUCGAAUAGUGUUGCGACCACUUUGCGUCCAUUGUCGCUGAUCAGCGUGAAUUCUUGCAACAAGAUUACGCUUCCGGCGAACGCACGCAUACUCGCCGCAACCUCAUGCUCUUCGAAUAGCAACCAUAGCGGCAAUAUUGUCGCAAUGAGCAACGGCAGUGUAGGAAUUGGUGGUGGUGGCAAUGCACCGCCAAUUGGUAGCACGCUAACGCUAUUGAGUACGGCAUCAUCACUCACGGCAACCGCUACACGUUUGGGCUGUGGCAGCGGUAGUGGCAGCAAUAUCAAGAACAAUAAUAACAGUAUCAUUACAAUUACUAAUGCGACUAACAGCAGCAGCAGCAGCAAUAACAACAACAACCUCAAUAACAUAUUCACUUUCAGCAGCAACGACACAAUAGCAACAACUAGCGGGACCGCCGCCUUCAAUGCUGACGUCAAAAGUGGCAGUGGCAGCAUCGAAGGCAACGGCGGUGGUAGCACUUCGAUUUUAAUGUUCAACUCAAAUAUUGCAACUGUUGUUAAUUCCACAGCCAACGCAGCUGCAUCAUCGGUGCCUUCGUCACCUGCAUCGGCUAGCGUAGCCAACAGCUCGACCGCGGGCUCCUGUUUUACCAGCACUCCAGUCAUGACGCCAACACAAAUACUCGCAACAACGGCUGGUGGUAAUGGCGGAAUCGCAAGCGGCCAGAAGCAAAUACUUUUCACAGUUAACAAUAUGUUAAAUCAGGUCGCUCUUCUACCAAUGCCACAACUAACAGAAUCAGCAGGCAGUAUCGCCGGCGCCGGCAAUGUUUCUUGUGGGCCAAUUAAGCCAACUCCAAUCUCGUACCCCAAUUACAAGAAGAACAAUGGCCAAACGACUUACGGUGUGAAUACAAAUAUAAGUGGCGGUAGUGCGUUAUCAAAUACCAACAACAACAACGCUAUUUUACUGCACAAUUAUACUGAAUCUACACCAAAAUCACCGUCUUGCAAAUCUUUACCUACCACUCCGAAAUCGGCGUGCUUGUCUUCAACUUUCGCAAUGAAUCCACCGGACUCGGCUGGUAAACGCAGCACAGAUAGCAGCUCCACUUCAGCUUUGGACGCCGAGGAUGAGCAGAAUGACAUUGGUGGCAGACAGCAAUUCAUUUUAGCACCAACGCCUGCGCAACUGGGACGUGCGAAAUUCCCGCGACGUAAAAAUUUUUCUUCAAACAACACAGCUAGCGAUAAUAGCAAUAAUAACACAUUUGCUACAACUGUUCUGAUGGGGUGCAACUCUAUGAGGAAUUUGAAUUCGCCUAUUAUGGUGGACUCAUCAUCGCCGAUUAUUGGUAAUGUGAACACGGUUGUCAGUUCGAUGACAUCAGCGCUGCCCACACCCACCUCGUCAACGAACACGCCCAACAGCGAUGAACAAAUGCCAACUACACCAUCGGCGGUUAAUAGCAAUAGCAGUGUCGGUAGCGUGAGUGAUUUAAGCGGUAUGUUGAACCCCAAGUCGCCGUUAAAAUCAGCAUCAGCGACCAAAAAGAAAAACGAUGACAUGGAUAACGUCCUAAAACAAGUUGAUUUCGAGAAGAAAUAUCAGGCAUUGCCACAGUUCAAACCCGAGGAUUGCCUAUCUCCCAGCGCCAUCGCAGUGCCAUCAUCGCCACGCGUCUACGGCACUAAUUAUCGAAAGAAGAAUCCACCACAGCCAAUUGUGCCACCAAAAAAGCUCGUGUGCGAGGAUGAAUCAGCCAUUGAGACAGCAUCCUUGCCAUCAACGCCGUCACAGCGUUUCUUUGGGCCCGAUUUCAACAUUGAACAGCUAAAUUUGGAAAACUCCGAUGAGACAGACCGUUCGCCGCGUACUCCACAAACCCCUUUACAAAGUGCACGAUCCGAUGCGAGCGAGAAGGGUCAUCGUAAAGUAUUGGAAAUACGUCGCAAGUUUGUUUAUCAACUUUUCAACGAACACGGCAUGUUUCCAUCAACUCAAGCUACAAUGGCUUUUCAGAAAAAGCACAUCGAUGUAUUUCCGCGAAAACAAGAUCUCCAAUUGAAAAUACGCGAAGUGCGUCAAAAGUGCAUGAGUCAGGCCGGAUUCACACCACAAUCGGCCGGUCCUAUGACGCCAUCUGCUGAAACCAGCCUGUGCACAACUUCGGCAACAAUAACAACAAACACAACUAUAGCAACAACAUCGCUAAACCAGAACUAUGGGAGCGGAGAAAAUUAUGCGCAAUCACAAUCAAAUGACGAAUAAUUAAGUGAAGCUUCCCCGAAUACGCAGCUCGUGUAAAGAGCUGAUAGUAUUAAAACACAAUAGCAACUAUUGUUCAUAUUUCUUAGAGAGAGAGAGAGAGAGAGAGAGUUAAGGGGAGAGUUCAGUACAAUCAAAUUCAAAUUCAUUGUGCCAUGGCAAAAUGUAAUUAUGCAAUUUAUGCAUAUAACCAUAUAAUGCCAUCAAGAGCUGUAAGUAAUAUUUGCAACCGCAAAGAGGGAAAUUUUUAAUGCCAACCUAAAAAAAUUUUUAAACAUAUACAUGCCGAUACAAAGGAAAGCAAUUCCCUUUGAUAUACCAGAUGAACUGCGUCAACAGUGUAAAAGUUCUGUGACAAUGAUAGUGUAUUAUGGUUCGAAAACGAUUUGAUUGCCUCUUUUCGAAUGUUUUCAAAUUUAUGUUAUAGUUGGAGAAUUCACAGAAGACAUAAAUUGAUAAAUGAUAGCAAACCGAUUAAUAUAAGCAAUAAGCUACUGCAAUAUGACACGCGACCUGGCAACAACACGUUUCCACAAACCAACAACGCUAGUAAAGAAUUUCCAGCAUUAAUUGAUAAACGCAUACGCCAUGCCUAGAAAACUGAAAUGAAAUGGAUUCGAAAAUCGAUUUUAUUAAUAUAAUCACAAAUAUAGACACAAAGUGAACAGCACAGUAAAGAAACACACAGUAAAGUAAUUUAGCACACAUAUAAUGCUAAAACUUUAAAACAUAUAUAACUAAUCCCAAUUAAUUAAAGCUUAAAUAGUUUUUAAUUUUAAAACGCAUCAAUAAACAAUACUGCAAAGCAUACAGGAUAGAAAUCAACCUUUAUUCAAGCAUAUAAUCAAUGUAAUGAAUUCAAAUAAGUGAAUAAUGAAUUAACCGAUUGUAUUAGUACACUCAAACAAACAAAGAAAAACAAAAAACAAAAUAAAAUAAAAUAAAGAAGUACAGAAAAUAAAUAAUUAAUUAUUAACUAAGUAGCCUUUGCAGGUUAGUGGGUGAAGUGAACUCAAAGUUUAAAUUAAAUUACAUUAAAUUAAUUAUAGAUGAAGCUUAAAUAUGUCUUAAACAUAAUGUUAACACAUUUAAUAAAUUGCUACAAACGGCACACGGUGAAAAUUAUACAAACUUGGCAAACAUGCUUGCACGCAGAGAUAUAAUAACGAAGUAACCCAUUCAAGACACCAAUAUUAUUAUUUUGUUCAACAUUUUAAAACAGCACAUAUGUAAGCAAACAAGUAAAUGCAUGCAAAUUUUUGAUUAAGCACAUACACAAACACACACAGAUAAAAGCAUUGGUAAUUGAGCAAACAUAACCUAUAAUUACUUUUAAGCGUCUUGCACAUUUUCGGCGAUCUUCUUACAACUAUGCAGUUUAUUUUACAUAAUGAAAAAGAAUCGCCCACAAGUUAGUUGUAAAAACAUUGAAACAUAAAUUGAAGUAAAAUUUCGUGUAAAUCAAACAAACAUUUAUUUAUUUAUUUCUUUGUAUAAAUAAGCCGCCAGCACAAAGCACUUUUUUCUUAUUUUAAAAACGUGCAAUUUGUUUCAAAAACCCGCUACUUUCCGCUCCACAAUCCACACAAUCAUUUCAACCUGCCUAUGUCUUCUUUACCCACCUACCUCCCUUGCUUUUAAAGCGCCGUUUUAUAUACACUUUGUAUUUUAACUGAAAUUUUAUUAAAAAAAAAAAAUUGAUUGAAUUUUAAUUUAUGAUUUUAACAUUUAUUUUAACUAAACAAUUUGAAAACAAUACAACAAUGUAUUUUCCUUGCAUACUGUAACUCGAGAAAUUAAUUGUUAAUUAAUGAAUUUGUGCGCAAUGGAGCAUACACUAUAGUUUUAAUACAAUUUUAUAUUUAUUAUUAGGUUAUUUCGAUAUCGUUGGCGGCCUUAUGGUUAUGACGUACGUAAUAUAUCUAGCCCUCAGCCACAUCGAGGCAAAAGUUUUUCUUUAUUAUUUUAAGCUGUUAUUAUGCGGCUUUCUUGAAUUUCUAAAAAUCGUCUUUUGUAGAAAAAUUACAAAUUUGCUUAUAACUUAGUUAAACCCAGCUGUUCUCAUUGAAAAUUGUACAAAUUAAUUUCAAUGAUUUUUAAAUAUUUGCUUUAAUGCGCCAAUUUUAAAUGCGCCCAUUCGCUUACAACACUGAAAUGAGAUAUGUGAAGCAAACACGCAUACGUACAUACAUAUGUUUGUAAACACAAAUGUGAGCGACUGUCGUCUUCCACUUACAAUACUGCAAUAUUAUAAAUAUUGCUUUUCUUUUUUUUUAUUUUAAACAUAUGUGCAUUAAUAUUUUAUACUUAAAUACAUAAAAACAAACCUUACUUUUUGUGCUUUAGUAAUUUUUACUAAAGAAAACUAUUUGAGCGAAUGUUUUCAACCAAUUUUUAGUAAUGUUUAAACUAAACUCGUUUGAAAUUUCUUUUUGCAGCAACAUUUCGAAAGAAGAUUUUUUAAGUUUUAAAAUAUAUUUAUUUUCACAUUUUAUUACAAACUUUGGUAAUUAUAUAUACAUAUUUCCUUGCAUGCAUUUAAGACUGUAUGACAAUUUUUUUUAUUCAUUAUGCAUUAUAGUAAAUAUUAUUAUUUAUGAAACACUUACACAUAUGCAUGCAUAUUCGUAUUUGAACACGCAUACCGUGUACGGAUUUCUAUCGAAAUUUUGUCUUGUAGUUAAGUUAAUAUUUUAGUUAUCUUACUUUUUCAAUAGUUUCUUCUUAAUAAGUUAAUAACAAAAUAUACUAAAGUCUCAAAUACUAAUGCCAACAAACAUAUUGUUAAUAAUAUAUACAUAUAAAACUAUGCCUAUGUAGUAAUUUUUUUUAUUAUUUCUAAGAAAGAAGAAAAAAUGUAUUAUCUUAAAAUGUUUAUAUAUCGAAACACAAGUGCAUUUGCUUUAGUAUCGUAAAUUACAAAGCAAAGCUGUAUGUUUUAUCUUUUCUAUAGCCCAUCAUAAAAACAUAUAUAUCUAAAGAAAAUGAAACAAGUAGUGCAUAUAAAAAUUAUAAAUGUGUUUUUAGAAUGUUAAAUAAAUUUUGAUUUUAUGCAGAAAAUAAUUUUUUAUGUUAUUGUUUUAUUUAAGCCGUUUGUUUGCUUAUUCGAACCUUAGCAAUACCCCCGGAGACAAAUUAGCCUGUUUCAUAUAUUUUUUUAUAUUUGUUUAAUUGUAAAGUUUUGAGCUUCCCCAGCGCACUUUGGUUGUUAACAAUUUUUAAAUCAAUUUGUUGAUUUGGUUAUAAAAAUUUGUUACAAUGCUCAGCCAUUGCAUAAUAGAAUAUGCACAUUAAAAAAUAUUUAUUUGCUAUAAUAAUCAAAGACUCAUGCAAAACUCUAAUAGCGCGAAGACAUCCCAAGGUUUCAAUUCAUUAUAGGAAUUUGAAAUUCAUUCUUAAUUUUUUUAAGCUUGCUGUUUACAAUAACACCAUUUUACAAACUGUUGUUUUUGUUAUAAUCUCUACGUUAUAUACAUAUGCGCAACAUAUAAUAAACUCAAGAAAAUGUGCCAAGCGGAGAAAUACAAAUACAAGUACGAUGUAAUUAUGAAGAAUUUUCUAAUUAAUAAUAAAGAAAUAAAAUUUAAGAGAACUGGAAUAUGAAAUAUAAAACACACUCAAAUAUAACGUGGAUGCAUUAGCAAUACUAAAAAUCAAUUUAGAAACGAUUAAGCCCCUAAAUAACACAAAUAAUUUGUAAAUAAACACUUGGAUUGUCAGCAAGAAAAAGGCAGAUGUCAAUUUGUGGUUGGUAUCAGAUGUUGUAUAAUAUUUCAAACUGUGUAACUUUCAGUGUUGAUAUAAAGAGAGAGUAGACCACUUUUACUUUUUGAAAUUUUUUUUAUGAAACGUUUAAAUCUUAAACCAAUCUAAACCGAUGCUACAUUGACUUCAAAGUAUAUUUCGUUAAAUUUAUAUGGAGAAACUUUCAAAAAUGCGGCAAUGGCAGCAAUUAGGAGUAUCAGGAGUACCUCGGAAAAAGUAUAACUGCGGUGACACUUUUAUAACAUAUGUACUUAACACGCGGUGUUACAUCAUCCGAAUUCAAAACAUCAGGUUCAUUAAUUAGCUAAUAGGUUUUCCGAGAGGGUUUUUUAACUUUUCCGAAAGCAUGAGGAAUAUUUUUGAAGUGAAAAUGUAAUUUUGUGUGAAAACCUCGGCUAAUCUGAUAUUGUACAAGAAUGUUAUCAACAAAUUUAAAAAUAACUUUCCGGCGUUACCUUGUCAAAUAUGUGCAGGAAUAUUAUACCAUAUCAGUGCAGUGGUUUUGAAGUUAUGUAGAGCGAAAUACUAGUAACUUCGUCAAUUUUACUCCAACCAAACCUUUAUAAAUUCCUCUAUGCUCCUCCACUUCUUUUGUGCCGAACUCAGGUCCGUAAAUUAUUUUUCUUAAAUAUUUGUCAUUUUAUCCUUCGUUUUUGAUGGGUUUCAAUCUGAAUUUUUUUAUCAUAUUAAAAAUCUGCUCUAGUCCAUAUGCAUUCACUGCAAAUCUUCGAAAGCUAUCUUUUGAACUCAUUGGGUCUUUAAGUAAAAAUGUAUGCGAAUCUCUCUCCCUCUAAACAGCUUUAAAACUACAUGUAUAAUCGAAGAUGUUUUCUUAACGUUUCGCUGUGUUUAUGUUUGCUGAUUGAACAGAACAAAAAUAACACAAAUUCAGUGAUUAGAAGCAAAAACAAUUAUGUAUGCAAUGUUUACAAAAUUUAAAAUAUAUAAAAAUACACAAACUUUCUGAAACCAACUCAUACUAAAAAACAAUUAAAUCAUAAUAACAUACACAUGCACAUAUCUGUAUGUAUAAAUAUAUAAAUAAUAUUUAAAUAUAAUUGAUUAUAAAUAAUGCGAGUGCGCUGUACAAGAAAACCAAACCAAAGCAAAUUACAAAACUUUUGGCGACAACCCUUUUGGAUAUGACGAAAAACAAAAACGACAUACAUGACUGCAUACACACACAUUAACCGUAUGAAAACUGCAAUUAUUUAGCAAGAAGAGUGAAAAAACACAAAACAAAACCGCGUUUCGGACUCAAAAUUCUAAAAUUCAGGUAUUACGAAAAUAGUCUUGAACUAUAAAUCAAGGAAACAUAAUUAUGUAAUUUAAAUGUAAGUGAAAGUGAAUAAAUAAAUUAAAACUAGAACAAGAAUUAAGCAAAUAUUUAGAUACAUCGUUUUACAAAAACCAAAUAUGUAUUUUAACAAAAUGUUUCCAUGAAAUAAAAACGAUUAAUAUUAAGAAUGAAUUCAUUACCAGCAAAUAAAAAUUAUUGAAAAAAAAAAAAUAUAUAUGGUUUGUUAAGUUCAUAGGAUUUGAAAAAAAAGUAAUAAAAUUCAGCUACUUUCCUUGAGCUUUGGUAAAUAAUGACACUAAAGUCGGUUUAAAGGUUGAGGUGCAUCGCUUUGGCUAUUAAAUAGUACACCCACGCCCACACAUACACUUAACUUACUCAAUAACUCAAUGUUUGGAAACAUGAACUGUUAUACCACUUAUGUAUAUUUAUUUAAAAUCACUCUCAUAUGCUGAAAAAUCGUCGGCUUGUUGAAGACAUCGCCACUUACCGGAAAAUCCUUUAAUUGUCUUGGAAUAUCCGUACUAGACUUACCCAGUUAUUGGUCUCAAAAUGACGCUCCGGUUUUUAGGGUUAAAAGGUUAUUUUUAAUUAUUCAAUACGUUAAUCUUUUCAUUUAUCGAAACUGCUUGUAAGUUUUUUUGUAGGCAAACCCAAAACCAACAGACGGGAUUUUAAUAAUGUUCAUUUCUGCUUUGUUGAAAACUCGAUCUUUGUAAAGGUGGAAUUGGAACCUAAAGUGCACUGAUAACUGGGACAUUGCCAGCCAGUUUCAAUGUAGACAGUUUUCAAAGCUGCCGUUCACUAAUGUUAUUGAGAAUGUUUUUAUCGUUAUUUGUUUUUUUUUUUAUCAAAAGUUAUUAUCUGAAACGGAAAAAAAUAUCUAUGAGCGCCUUCACUUGUCCUUAUUCGCAAUUGUAAAGUAUUUUCUCUCGACAGAGUUGCGAAUACAUAUUUUGAAAUAUAGUUAAAUCUAUUUUAGCUUUAAUCAAAUCCAGUUUAGUUGAUUAUUACAUAUACAUACAUAUAUGUAAACACUCAUACAAAUGUAUAUAUACUUUUAAAAUAUUGCACAAACGAAACUUAACAAAUAUACGUACAUGAAAAUAAAAUAAUUGCAUAAAUAAUUGAAGAUUGACGUAAUGAUGUGCAUUUUAAAAAUGAAAGCAGUAAGUGUGUUAGGAAGUGCAUAACCUCACUUAAAUUUACGAAAGCAUAAUACAAAAGAAAAAGUAAAUAAAUAAAAUAAUAUACAUGUGAAGGUAUUGAAAACAUAGAUUAUCUUCAAUUGAACUUUAAAUGAACACAUAAACAAGAAGACAGACAAAAGAAAAACAUAUUGAUUUAGAGUCAAGGUCAUCUACAUUUUUUAAAUUUGUGAUGUUUUGGCAAAAGCGCUAUUAUUUCUAAAAGAAAUUA